CUUGAAGGUUCGUUGAUAGAAGAGUAAUGGAUAGAAGAAAAAAAUGCCGACAGUUUAGUGGAAGGACCCAGCACCUCUGUUCAUGUUCGUAAUUUGCUCCGUGCUUUUUGGUCCAAAGCCAAUCAUAAAGUGAUCUACACGAUUUUUGAGAGGCUAGAAUGAAGAUGAAGCAAGUGAAACUUAUGAUUUACAUUUUUGUGAUUGGCCAGUCUUUUUCGCACACACAUGCAGAACAAUUCUCAGCCUCAAAUCUACAUACAUCGGACGAAGGUGAAAAUCGAACGAAUCAUCAUUCAGUGGAUUCCAUUCCCUCAAGCUCAGAGUUUUCCGAAAUCCGGCACAGCAAAGCCUUCGUUGACAAAACAUUAUUCCUCCACGAAUGGCUAACCGAACGUCCGAAGUACUGGUUUGUUACUGCACCCCCUGGCUUCGGCAAGUCCGCUCUUGCGAAGAUGGCUGUCCAGUUCUUGAACGCCUCUUUCGAGAUCGUAAACGGGCAGGCACGGUUCCUCGAAAAGGCAAAGACACCCGCGUACGCAUACUUCGAAGGCACGAACAUAUUCAAUAAUAAAAGUUUUUUCGAAGUGCACUUUCAGAACUACGCUGUCGUAUACAUCGACCUAGCUCCCUUACGUCAGACCACGGAGGCUGUUUUCAUAAAGGAAGAUGACUUUCGCGCGCAAGACUUCCAUAAGUACUUCAGGGAGGUGAUAAAGAAAAUGAUGAGCUACUAUUCAUCCCUCUACUUCCACCAGAGCUUGACAAAAUUCGAGAGGAAGCACUUCAAGGAGUAUUUGGAGGAGGGAAUGGAGGAAAGGUCUCGCCCAAUUACGUUCUGGAAUAGUGCAUCAUUCCUGAUGCAUCUCCUGAGGAAAAUCUUGAGACUGGACGUCAUUGUAAUUCUUGAUAACUAUGACGCAAUGUGCAUGCCUAGUAUGUAUGGGGAUCUGUUUGGUGUGCUAAGGCCCUACCUGGCUUCGUACCUCAUCACUUUCAGUAGGAUAAUUAUUGAGAAUAAAAAGACCUCCGUCCUGUACCUUGGAUCGUUCAAAACUGUGGAAAUGAUGCUUAAAAAACCAGGGACUAAGAAUACGACGUCUCCUAUUACACAUUCUGCAUUUUCAAGUGAUGAGAAAAUCGCAAAGUACUUUGGACUAACCGAGCAAGAAGUUGGUGAUAUAUUGUCUAAAUAUUCGAUGGAUGAUCAUCUUCCAGUAGUGAAUGAUCUUCUAAACGGACAUGCAGUUUUACGGUCGACUCUCACUAUGUUCAACACUAAAUAUGUGCUUUCGUACAUCGAAAAUAGAAAUUCUUCACCCAGUGCUUUUACAAUGCCUUUGACUGUUGAAGUUCUGAAUCACUACAAGAAGCUAUUCACGAGUGAUUGGGUGACUAAUGUUCUAUCCCCGUGUAUAUAUAAGGACAGAACUCAGAUCAAGCUAUUUACUUCCAUGUCAGUAAGUUUCGCAAGCUUUACAAGGCUCACAAAAUUGAACGAUAAUGAUACAGAGGUCCAUGGUAGGGAAAAACUAAGUCAAGAAAAUACGAUGUCUUUCAUCAAAAUUUUACAGUUUUUAGGUCUGAUAUCUGUUAUCGAAGAAAAGACCAAUGUUGACGUUUCUAGGGCAACAAGUCGUUGUGAUGCUGAGUUUAUGAAUGAUUAUUUGUACAGAAGUAAUACCGUACAGAGAUUCUACAAGAUGAGCCCAGAACAAGAACAGAUGAUGGUCCACGCUUUGAAAAGUCUUGCGCCGAACAAUGAUUCCAUUCAGUCUCUGGGCGAGGCUAUCCAUAAUAUCGUAAAAGUAAAAGUCCCUAAGUAUGAAGAUCAGCUGAAAUCUUUGAUGUAUGUUUUUUCAAAGAAGGUUGCAACUCAGUAUAGUGAGGAUUUCUCGCUGGAGGCCAGGAUCUCAGUCCCAACGAUGGAAGAUUCGAAAUCGAAUGGGGUUUGCAAACCUGAUGUCAAAGAAAAGGUAGAUUUAAUUUUGCUCCGAAAGAAUGAGGGGCUAGGUAUCAUUCUGAUUUCUAAAUUAGAUGUGAAUGUAACUUCUAUUUUAAAAGAAAUGGUAGACCGUAAAUAUCCUGAAAUACUGGACUCAGAUCUUCGUUUUUCGAAGCUUAAAAUUAAAGAUAAGCUACUGGUAGGCAUUUCAGUCACGCAAGAUAAAGUGGUAGAAAUUGCAGCGGAGGUUUGGCGUCAAAACGAAAAAACUAGUAUAAAACAUGUUAUUUUGAAUAGCACGAAUUCCUCAUAACCUAAAUUCUCAUGAUAUAGUUAAUUGAUUAAAAUUGUAGAAAAUUUUCCAAAA